AUGCGAUUCAAAUGGGCGAUUCGAAGAAUUUUAGUUAUUUUUGUUGUGAUCAUUUUGCUAAUAGAUUUUCUUCUGGAUUAUGCGCCGGAUGGCGAGGAAUUAAUUGAGUAUGAAGACCAAUUUGAUCAGCAAAAGGAUGAUGUUUUUGUGAAGGAAUAUCUGAAAUUAAUGCAAAUGGGACGAGCCCCAGCCCGUCCCAUAGUGGAGAAAGAAUCAAAAGUUGAAGAGAAUUAUUGGUGUUUUUUGAAAAGACCAAAGUAUAUUGAAAGUCCUAGACAUUGGGUCAGAAUGGCUGGAAUCGAUGUUUAUUCUGCAUAUUUUGACGAUAGAGAUAACUCUCUUUUUCCGGAAAAUGCGGCGAUUCAGAUAUUAGUAAUGUCAAACCACUCAAUUGAAUCUAAAAUUCCUAUAUACUGUAAUACAUUUACUGAAAAUUCCUACUCAACUGUAAAAGGAUAUAUUCGAGAAAUCUGGCAAACUGGAUGGGAUCCAAGAGAUUCUUUUCAAGUUCCAAGUCUUAUUACAUGUCCGAUCACAAAAAGAAUCGAUGGUUCGAAAGAAAUGAGUGUCUCAUUGACAAGAAAAAAGUGCAAGGAUAACAAAAGUGCAAUGAAAGUGAUAAUGAAACCCAAAGGGUCGGAAAGUAAGAAAAAAGAAGUGGCAGUUUGUGUCAAAGGAUUGGAUUAUCAGGAAGACAUAUCCAAUCGAUUAUUGGAAUGGAUUGAAAUGCAGUACCUUUUCGGAGUGGAUACGGUUUCAAUUUAUCAUUUCUAUCUUUCCAACGAAACUCAAAAAAUUCUAAAAUACUACAAAACGAACAGAAAUCUGAAAGUCAUUCCUCUCUCCUUACCGCCUGGGAAUCCCAACGAACCUCUUGAACGAAGUGCAUUUCUAAAAGGGAAUCGUCCACAAAAAAGAAGACAUGAACUUCUUCCGUACAAUGAUUGCUUCUAUAGCCAUAUUCAUACUCAUCGAUAUGUGUUGAUUCUUGACAUUGAUGAAGUGAUAGUUCCGGUUGAAUUUGAUAAUUAUGGAGACCUGCUUCAAGACUUUGAAUCCAAAACUUCUGGAUUCCGCUUGAGCUCAAUAUCAACUCGGAACGUAUUCAAAUUCCCGUCUAAUUUCACACUAUUUCCCCACUAUCACUACAUGAUCUCAAACAAGAAACGGUCAAGGAAAACGAGUCUUAAGGGAGAAUACGGGAAAAGUUUCAGCAGCACAUCAACAGUUGCCACAGUUUUCAACCACUUUGCUCUUCACAAACUGUCUCCUGCUGUCGCUAAAUCUCAAUAUUUCUUGGCAUCAGAAGCUGUAAAACUUCAUUACAAGUCUGAAUGUCCAUGGGAAUCGAAAAAGGAAUGCCAUCAGUUACAAACCGAUGUAAUCGAUGAUACCAGUUUGGAUCGUUUCGAGCGGAAUCUCAGAAAUCGGGUUGAUCAAGUAGUCAAGGAGGUUGGAAUCAAGAAUUGA